AUGUAUAUAUAUCUGCUAAAGGAUCCAGUGACUAUUCCCUGUGGACACAGCUACUGUAGGAACUGUAUCAAAGAACACUGGGAUGGAGAAGAUCAGAGGAGAAUCCACAGCUGCCCUCAGUGCAGGAAAACCUUCAGACCAAAGCCUGUCCUGGAGAAAAACAUAAUGUUAGCAGAGUUAGUGGAGCAUCUAAAGAAGACUGAACUCCAAGCUGCUCCAGCUGAUCACUGCUAUGCUGGACCUGAAGAUGUGGCCUGUGAUGUCUGCACUGGGAGGAAGAUGAAAGCUGUCAAGUCCUGUCUGGUCUGUUUAGUUACUUACUGUGACAAACAUCUUAAGCUUCAUUAUGAAUCUCCUGCAUUUCAAAAACACAAGUUGGUGGACCCCUCCAAGAAGCUCCAGAAAAACAUCUGUUCCCGUCAUGAUGAGGUGAUGAAGAUCUUCUGUCGUACUGAUCAGCAGUGUAUCUGUUAUCUCUGCUCUAUGGAUGAACAUAAAGGUCAUGAAACAGUCCCAGCUUCAGCAGCAAGGACUGAGAAGCAGAAGGAGCUCCAGGUGAGUCGACAACAAAUCCAGCAGAGAAUCCAUGACCAAGAGAAAGAUCUGAAGCUGCUUCAACAGGAGGUGGAGGCCAUCAAUGUCUCUGCUGAUAAAGCAGUGGAGGACAGUGAGAAGAUCUUCACCAAGCUGAUCCGUCUCAUCCAGAAAAGAAGGUAUUACGUGAAGCAGCAGAUCAUAUCCCAGCAGGAAACUGAAGUGAGUCGAGUCAAAGAUCUUCAGGAGAAGCUGGAGCAGGAGAUCACUGAGCUGAAGAGGAAAGAUGCUGAACUGGAGCAGCUCUCAAAGACAGAGGAUCACAACCAGUUUCUCCACAACUACCCCUCACUGUCAGCACUCAGUGAGUCUACACACUCAUCCAGCAUCAAUAUUCGUCCUCUGAGAUACUUUGAGGAUGUGACAGCAGCUGUGUCAGAGCUCAGAGAUAAACUACAGGACAUCCUGAGAGACACAUGGACAAACAUCUCACUGAGAGUCACUGAAGUGAAGGUUUUACUGUCAGAACCAGAACCAAAGACCAGAGCUGAGUUCUUAAAAUAUUCACAAAAAAUCACUCUGGAUCCAAACAUAGAAAACAGGGAUCUGUUAUUAUCUGAGGGGAACAGAAAGGUAGCAUUAAUGAACCAGCUACAGUCUUAUCCUGAUCAUCCAGACAGAUUCACUGAUUGCUCUCAGGUUCUGAGUAGAGAGAGUCUGACUGGACGUUGCUACUGGGAGUUGGAAUGGAGAGGAGUAGUUGGUGUAGCAGUUUCAUACAAGAACAUCAGCAGAGCAGGAGAGUCAGAAGAAUGUUAUUUUGGAUUCAAUGGUAAAUCUUGGUCAUUAUAUUCUAACAUAAACAGUUACAAAUUUUGUCACAAUAACAAUAAAACUUGA